GACAGGCAACGACAACCCGACAGACUGGUACGCUACAGUGCGAAAGCUACGACCGAACUCGUCGACCCUAACCGGUGGUUUUGCAGUCGAGCAGCUGAUCCGGCAUCUGUUCGGCGCCGAUCAGCCAACCAUCAUCGUCACCGUGACCGCGAUUGUUAUUGGACUUCUCAUAGAGCUACGAUUACAUGAAGCUUGGUCACUCUACGUCUGGUGGUGGAUCAUUUUGAUCAGAAACUGCCUUGCUUCCAUGACCACAUCGGGCGAUCCGUCAGCGACUGGACCUGACAGACCGUGCGGGAUCACCGCACUCCUGCCGAUCGGUAUGUCUUGCCGGAGCCGUGCCGAAGCCUUCGCCCGAAGCUUGCAGUCACGUUUGCGGAAUCUUGGCUCCCAGGGCAGCACCGGUGAUGAGGAUGAGGACGAAGGUCGACUUACGGCGGAGGACCAACAACAGCAACAGCACACAGAAAACACAUGGCUAUCGGCAGCGUCCAACGACCAGACAGGUGUAACGAGCCUCCAGCCGCUGCGCAUGAUAGUACCGCACGAGGCCGACUCUUGCUUUGACUUUGGUCUGGAAGCGGAAAGUCCCAGCUCACCGGUGGAAGAAUGCGAAUACACCCGACUGAUCGAAACGGCAACGGCCACACCGACCGGUUUACCGUCCGCCACUGCACCGGUUAACGAUCCGACGAUAGUGCAAGCACCGGAAUCAGGCUACGUCUGCUCAUCUCCCUGCUCCACGCCCCAGGGUUCGGCGGCGAGCAGUCACAGCAGUUCCUCCGACUGUCAGUUCUACGAUCCGGACAGUUCCGAUCCCGAGCAACGUUCGGUCGGCGGCUGUGAGUACUACGAUUGUCCGAUCGUGCCCGGUGGUGUAGCUGGUGGAUUGCGAUCAACGGGAACGGCUGGUCCGUACACGCCCUUGACGACCGGGGACAGUGCCCGGUGUGAUCCGAAUUCCACGAUAAACGUGGACGAGACGAUCGCUCACAAACACACACUAGCAGCAGCUACCUCAACGAAUAGCAAUCCUUUUAACGGCCCCAUUCGAACUAGUCAGACGGCGAACGGGCACGUGCCGGGAUACACCACAGCCAGCACACUCGUCGACAGUGAUAGCUGUUCCGAGUCUCUGCCACCGUCCCAGUCGACCGAAUCGAACAAUUCUACCUUCACCGGGAUGAGCUCGAACAGCAACAGCACGCUGCAGGACGUCACCCUGGAACCGCUGGACGAUCAGACGGGAUGCGAUGUGCCGGACAGUGCUACCCACACCUCUACAACAGCAUCAGCCCACCGGAUCGGCAACGGACAUGCGAUCAUGCCACGCGGUACAGUCAUCAAUGCGGACACGGAACUCGGUCUCAUAAGCCACGGGCUAAAGUACGAAGAUGAUCAUGGUGCAACAGUGGUCACCGACGGUGAGCAAAGCACCACAACGGGCCGCGGUGCAACGAUUCAGAUAGCGGAAGUUGAGAAGAUACUGCACGAUUGUACCCAAAAUCACGAGGUGGAGGAUGACGAGGAUCGGAGGAAGCACGAUGGCGGUCGUCGGGCCACACUGUCGUCGGGUGAUGAAGAUGAGGAGGAAAGCAAACCACAGCGCAUCAGGCGAUGCUCGUCGCUGAAAACGGGGAAAACUCCACCGGGUACACCGGGCCGCAAGAAGAUCGUCCGGUUUGCCGAUGUGCUUGGGCUCGAUCUGACCGACGUGCGGACGUUUAUGGACGAGGUGCCCAAGGUGCCGCAGUCCGCGUUCGAGGAUCUCACGAUCGUGCCAGUCGUGGAGCAACCGAUGCCGGAACUGAUAAGCCUCGGACCGAAAGCGGACCGUGUGCUGGUGCCGCUGUUUCAGCAACCGGGCGCACUGCCCUGCUUCCUCGACCGGGUGCGCGAAAAGCAGGUUAAUCUGGAGAAUGCGGCCGUUACCGAUCCGAUCACGCUCACCAUCACCGGUACGGUGCGUGUACGGAAUCUGGAUUUUCACAAAUCCGUCUACGUACGGUACACGCUCGACAACUGGCGCAGCUAUGCGGAUCUGCAAGCGGUGUACGCGGAAAAUUCGUGUGACGGGUUUUCGGACAAGUUUAGCUUCACGCUGCACGGCAACUCGGUGCAGGUUGGGCAGCGUAUCGAGAUGGCGAUCCGGUUUCACUGCCGUGGCGAACAGUUCUGGGACAACAAUUACGACACGAACUACGUCUUCCAGUGUUUGCCGAUCACGCAACCGUCACCGAUGAUCUCGAGCCGACCGGUCGGUGUUGUCUCCUCCUCGGAACCGGCGUGGUGCAGCAAUUUCUACUAA